AUGACCCAAGAAACCUGUCUCCCACAAAAAGUCGUCAUGAGCAAACAAGUUGUCGAUUUUGCGGCGAAAAUUCGGGUGCGAACUAAUGUGCGCCUUUUGGAUGUGGAAGUUGAGGCUGAUUGCUACUGCGAAGAUGAUCGCCGAGCCAACCCAUGCCCUCCUCAUCGUCUUUCAACUGCAUCAUCUUCUUCGACCUCUUCAGCUGCAGUCAACUCCGGAAAAGUUAUUUAG